CAUUAUUCUCCCUUUCGGCCUUCACCUUCAUUUUCAAGAUGGCUGACGAUGACAAGUACUCGGUCCUUCUGCCAACUUACAAUGAGAGAGAAAACCUUCCUGUCAUCAUUUGGCUUCUUGUGAAAUACUUCAACGAAAGUGGUUAUAAGUAUGAGAUAAUUGUCAUUGAUGAUGGAAGUCCAGACAAAACAUUAGAGGUUGCCAAACAACUUCAGAAGAUUUAUGGAAGUGAUAAAAUUGUCUUGCGCCCAAGGGAGAAAAAGCUUGGUUUAGGAACUGCAUACAUUCAUGGAAUAAAACAUGCUACAGGAAAUUUCGUUAUAAUAAUGGAUGCAGAUCUUUCACAUCAUCCAAAAUUCAUCCCAGAAUUUAUCAAGAAACAGAAGGAAGGCGACCUUGACCUGGUCUCAGGGACACGCUACAUUGGGUCAGGGGGUGUGGCUGGCUGGGACUUCAAGAGGAAACUUAUAAGGUACAGACAUAAUGUAGCAGAGGAAUUCAUUAACCAAAACAUUAUAAAGAUGGGCGCACCAAAUGUAACAGGAAGUUUUAGAUUGUACAAAAAAGAUGUUUUGCAAAAGUUAGUGAAUUCCUGUAUUUCUAAAGGAUAUGUGUUCCAGAUGGAAAUGAUCAUAAGAGCCAGACAGUUUGGCUUCACCAUUGGGGAGGUUCCAAUUACUUUUGUUGACAGAGUGUAUGGAGAGUCAAAACUUGGAGGGAGUGAGAUAGUGCAAUUUUUCAAAGGACUUAUGUAUCUAUUUGCAACAACCUAGUUGUAUAUUUUGAGAUGAAUAUACAUUUGUUAUUGUUUAGAAAGGAGUUUUCUUAUAUUUAUUGUAUUUAAGGAAUAACUCUCUUGUUUUUGGUUUUAUGAUGUAAUCAAAUGAUUGGCUUGCAUGUUAAUUUGCAUGAAUUCCAAAGGCUUUUAUGCAUAAAAUCAUGCAUCCAAAUAUGAACACCGAUGUCUGUUCAAUUACCACAGUAACUGCAAAGUUGAUAUUCAAAAGAUGCUUGUGUAUCUGAUAGACAAUGUCUGUGUAUUUUUUGAAGAUCAAGUGUUCCAAAUAUCUGUCAGAUAUUCAAUGAGUACUAAUUGUGCCCUUUUGGCAGUGACUCAGUUUUGCAGAUCUGUUCACAUAAAGGUGAAUUUAUAAAAUAAAUUCUACAUAAAAAACAAAAGAGAACUUAAGACAA